UGAUCAGUCACGAGCAUAUUUAGUCACGAAGCAAUUCUUAGUCCUAUUUGCCACAUUUCUGUGAUUUAACCGAGUUUCUGUAGGAGACUUCGUGGCACUCGAGGGCAAUGUGAGAGCAAAUCGGACGGUGGGCCAGUCCUCAGAGGGUUGAGUAUCUGGAAGCAUUUUUAACACCAGCACGUCGGGAAUCAAAGAGGGCUGCAAAUCCUCAAAUGUUCCACUCGCAAAGUUGAAUCACUUUUCACUCAAAAAUUGUCACUGCUGGCGUCACAGACCAGUUGCCCUGGAGAUGGGGAUCCGUCGCUAUUUCAAAGAGGAUGUGGAGAACAGUAGCGGUCUGCACCGCUAACUGGGAGCAGGGAGGCUACAUUACAGCGGCGCCGUGCCGCGGAUGGCGGUGUUGGGCACUGAGGGCUGAAAGCGUUGCCUCCUUCCGGGGUAGUUUCAGAGAGCAGACCACACGAUGCUCCGUCGCCUGGUGCUGCAGAGCUGUGCUCAUCGAACAAACAUCAUUCACUGGCGCCCUGCUAAUCCCGUUGCCAAGAGUUCUAAAUAAUGAGCAGGCACAGUUUCUUAAGGAGCUAGUGGACCCAGUCUCCAAGUUUUUCCUGGAGGUCAACGAUGCUGCUGAAAAUGAUAGACUGGGGAAGAUAGACGAUAAAACCAUGGAAGGUUUAAAGGAAAUGGGAGCUUUUGGUUUGCAAGUUCCUGUUGAUCUUGGGGGUUUGGGACUCACCAAUACUCAGUAUGCUAGACUGGUGGAGAUUGUUGGUCAUCAUGACCUUGGAGUGAGCAUUACUCUUGGGGCUCAUCAAUCUAUUGGCUUUAAAGGAAUUUUAUUGUUUGGCACUGAUGAACAGAAGAAGAAAUAUUUGCCCGACCUUGCAUCAGGUAAAACAAUAGCUGCUUUCUGUCUCACUGAAACAGCUAGUGGAUCUGAUGCAGCCUCUAUAAAAACGACUGCUGUGGAGAAGGGUGAAAACUACAUUCUGAAUGGGGGCAAGCUCUGGAUUAGUAAUGGGGGCACAGCAGAAAUCUUCACUGUGUUUGCAAAAACUACUGUCAAGGAUAAACACACUGGAAAAGAGAAGGACAAAAUCACUGCAUUUAUUGUGGAAAGAAAAUUUGGAGGAGUCUCUCAUGGUCCUCCUGAAAAGAAGAUGGGAAUCAAAGCUUCUAAUACAGCUGAGGUCUAUUUUGACAAUGUGAAGGUGCCAGCGGAAAAUGUUCUUGGUGGAGUUGGCAAUGGGUUUAAAGUCGCCAUGAAUAUACUGAACAAUGGUCGAUUCGGCAUGGCUGCUGCUCUUUCAGGGACAAUGAUUGGUGCUAUUUCCAAAGCAGUUGACCAUGCCACCAAUCGAACACAAUUUGGCAGCAAGAUUCACACAUAUGGCCUCAUUCAAGAGAAAAUUGCUAAUAUGGCUAUGCUACAGUAUGUAACGGAGGAGGCUGCCUGGUAUGUGACUGAUGAAUGUGUCCAGAUUCUAGGAGGCAUGGGAUAUAUGCAGGAAACAGGUGUGGAGAGAGUGAUGAGAGAUUUGCGCAUCUUCCGUAUUUUUGAGGGAACCAAUGACAUACUCCGAUUGUUUAUUGCGCUAACUGGUGUUCAGAAAACUGGAGAGUACUUUAAAAGACUGCAGAUGGUCAUGAAGAAUCCUUUCAAAGAUCCCAGAAUACUGAUGGAGCAAAUCUUCAAAAGAGCUAAGCGAAAACUGGGCGUGUCCUCUGGUCUGUCAUUAAAGAAUGUAACACAUGCUGAUCUGGCAGAGAGUGGGGAUUUGGUGGUGAAAGCUAUUGAGCACUUUGGAAUGUCCAUUGAAGAUCUGUUAUUGAAAUACCGAAAAGAAAUAAUAAGGCUAUUAGGAAAGACAUUGGCACCAGACCCUGCCAGCCUCUUUGUAGAUGCCACCAGGGUCACUGCAGUGUUCAUGGUUUGAGGAACACCCACCAGUGCUUGAAGAAGAUUACUAACGUUACGCAGUUGGUGAACAUAUUUCACAUUAGGG